AUGCAUGGAACUGGAGAACAGGAGGCUGAGCAGAAAAAGCAGCCUCCGAAGGUCGGGGGUCGCAGUGUCCCCUCUCGCGCGGACGAGUUAUGGCCACACUUGGGACUAGCUCUUCCUCUGACUCCCAGUGUGGUUGCUGGCCAGAGAUCUGUGGGUCUUGCCCCUUCCGGACCUCUCCCCAGACCCUUCUUCUCUCCUCAGGAUGACCAGCUCCUCGAUGAUGGCAAAACUCUGGGCGAAUGUGGCUUCACCAGCCAGACAGCACGGCCACAGGCCCCAGCCACAGUGGGGCUGGCCUUCAGGGCAGAUGAUGCCUUUGAGGCCCUGCGCAUCGAGCCCUUCUCUAGCCCACCGGAGCUUCCAGACGUGAUGAAGCCUCAGGACUCCGGAGGCAGCGCCAAUGAACAAGCCGUGCAGUGAGGGCCCCAGGCCCAUCCCUGAGGCCCAUUCCCCCCAAUAAAAGAGAUUUGGGUGUCUGCCUG